AAAUAUGAUAUAUGAGAAGAGAGUUCUAUCUGUAUCUCUAGCUGCAGGUGGGAGAAACCGUGAGGGACGACGGAGUUAUGUCUGCGAAAGAGUCAUCGGAGUCCCGGAACCAAGCAAGGCUGGCCAUCCUGGAACUGGCCAACAUGAUCAGUGUGCCCAUGUCCCUCAAUGCCAUCGUCCGCCUCAACGUUCCCGACGCCAUCUGGCAGUCCGGCUCCAACACUCCCCUCGCCGCCUCUGAGAUUCUCAUGCGUGUCCUCCCUUCCGGCGGCGACGCCGAAAACCUCCAACGCAUCCUUCGCAUGCUCACCAGUUAUGGGGUCUUCGCCGAGCACAUCGACUCCGGCGGCGAGAGAAAAUACUCCCUGACCGACGUCGGCAAAACCCUCGUCACCGAUGAAGAAGGCCUGUCCUAUGCGGCUUACGUGCUCCAGCACCACCAGGACGCGCUGAUGCGGGCGUGGCCGUUGGUGCAUGAGGCGGUGAAGGACUCGACGGAGGAGCCGUUCGUGAAGGCUAACGGACAGGCGGCGUACGAUUACUAUGUGAAAGAGCCGGAGAUGAACGGAUUGAUGGUGAAGGCGAUGUCCGGGGUAUCGGUACCGUUCAUGAAGGCGGUGCUGGAGGGAUACGAUGGGUUCUUAGGGGUGGAGAGACUGGUAGACGUGGGUGGGAGUGGAGGGGAUUGCCUGAGGAUGAUCCUACAGAAACAUCGAAGCGUGCGAGAAGGGAUUAACUUCGAUCUGCCGGAAGUGGUAGCCAAAGCGGCCGUCAUUCCAGGGGUAACCCACGUUGGUGGUGACAUGUUCAAGUCUAUUCCCCAAGGCGAUGCCAUCUUCAUGAAGUGGAUACUAACAACUUGGACGGACGAGGAGUGCAAGAAGAUACUGGAGAACUGUUACAAGGCGCUGCCGGAGGGAGGAAAAUUGAUAGCUUGCGAACCGGUGCUGCCGGAGGAAUCCGACGACAGCCGCAGAACUCGAGCGUUGCUAGAGGGCGACAUUUUUGUGAUGACAAUCUACAGAGCCAAAGGUAAGCAUCGGACUGAAGAUCAGUUCAAGCAGCUUGGCCUUUCUGCUGGUUUCCCUCGUUUCCGUGCCCUCCAUUUUGACUACUUCUAUGCCCUCCUUGAAUUCCAAAAGUGAGAAUUGAGAUAUAUAUGUACCCACUGCUUCUCGCAUGUUAUUAUUUCCCAGCCACUUCAUGGUUCAUUUCCAGCAUGUCUUCAUUUUGAAUGUGUUCAAGGCUUUAAGCCUUCUAAAUUUGUAUAAUUAUUAUCAUAUCAUGGAUCAAUAAUAAAUAAAAAAAAUAUAUGAUCUUAAUCUAA